AUGCACGACACCAUACGAAAUCAGUUGGAACAAGAUGGUUAUGUGGUGUUGGAAGACUUCCUUCGACCAGCGGAAUGCGAUGAGCUGGUUGAAGUGGCUCUCGAAUUUACAAAACAAGUAGCAGAUGCUAAUCCCAAGCCCAUUUUCUCAAGCGUUGAUCCAGAUCAAUUACAACUGAAGGAUGCGUAUUUCAUGGAAAGCAAUGACAAAAUCAGUUACUUUUUCGAAGCCGACGCUGUCAGCCCUAACGGCGAGUUAAAAGUUGACCCCAGCAUUUCAUUAAACAAGGUUGGUCAUGCACUGCACCUUUUGCACCCCAUCUUUAGGUGCUACACGUACAGCGAUCGGGUGAAACGAGUCUGUCGGGAACUGGGCUUAAACGAACCCUCUGUGGUACAAAGCAUGUACAUUUAUAAGAAUCCAGGAGUAGGCGGUGAAGUCGUUCCACACCAGGACUCUACAUAUUUGUACACGGAGCCAAUACCUCCUGUCGGCUUUUGGAUAGCGCUUCAAGACGCAUCUAUAUCAAACGGAUGCCUCUGGAUUGUCCGGGGCUCACACAAGUCAGGCGUGCAUCGACGUCUUUUAAGAAACCCAGAUAAGGAAUCUAAACAAGCUCUGAUCUACGAUAAACCGGCGCCAGUUUACCCACAGUCAAGUUUUACGCCUGUACCCGUCCGAAGAGGUACUUGCAUCUUGCUUCAUGGGAACGUCGUCCACAAAAGCGCUCAUAACCAGUCGGACAGUAGCCGCCACGCUUACACCUUCCACGUAAUUGAAAAACAAGGAAACGUGUACUCAGAUGAUAAUUGGCUACAAGAAGGGCCCAAUGCUCCUUUCUUAAAUGUUUACACAACUCCUCAAAUUGUAUAA